AUGAAGAACCUGAAAAUCCUGAUCUUCACUUUAGUAGCGUUGUCAUCAUGCAACUUGUCUACUUUGGUUUUCUCCCGCCAAUUGAACAGGCCAAGCAACCCUUAUCCUUGUGAAAAGGGGGUGAAUUCCCGUGCUCUCAGGUCAGACCAAAUGACGGUGGUUAUCAAUGGCUACUCAGAAUAUCGAAUCCCACUCCUGCAAUCAAUUGCUAGCAUAUAUUCAGCAUCUGCAUCUGUCUCAUCGGUCCUCAUUUUGUGGUGCAAUCCGUCUACGCCAUCUCAGACUAUAACCGAGCUUUCCAGGAAUCUGUCUCUUUACUCCACCAUAAAUGCCCCCAUCUCCAUCAUCCGGGAAACCACUACAAGCUUGAAUUCCAGAUUCUACCCCCGAGAUUCUAUUGAUACUCGAGCUGUCCUUAUCUGCGAUGAUGAUGUCGAACUUGAUUCCAAGUCCAUUAACUUUGCAUUUAACAUUUGGAAAUCCAAUCCUCAUCGCUUGGUCGGAUUCUUUGCAAGAUCACACGCUUAUGAUUUGAACUCCAAGACUUGGAUUUACACUUCUAGCCAUGAAAAGUACUCGAUUAUUCUCACAAAGGCCAUGAUCAUCAAACAAGAGUACUUAUGGGAGUAUAGUUGUGGAGGUGGCGAAGUAAAUAAAGAGCUGCGGAAAAUUGUGGAUGAGGAGAAGAACUGUGAGGAUAUCUUGAUGAAUGUUGUGGUGGCAGAUAAGGUGAAUGCUGGACCUCUAUUAGUAGGUGCUGCGAGGAUCAGAGAUUGGGGGGAUGCGAGAAACGAAGGCGGCGUGGGGAAGGAGGAGAGGGAAGCGGGGAUAAGUAGCAGAAGAGGGGAGCACAGGAAGAGAAGAGGGCAAUGCAUAAGUGACUUUCAUAGAAUUUUAGGAAGAAUGCCUCUGAGAUAUAGUUUUGGGAAGUUAGUUAAUAAUGUCGGUGAACAGGGACUUUGUGAGAAAGGUGGCAAGUUGGUGCCUUGUGAUGAGCAGGUUUUCAAAUGA